AUGGCUGAAACUACCGUAAGGUCCAGCAAGCGACCAGCUCUUCACGAUGAGUCGGAAACCAACAUAGCGGCGCCCGAUGUCGGUGCGGUGAGGAAACGUAGAGCAUACCUCCAGACAAUGGGCCAGCAGCUUCGGGAAUUCGGAACUGAAGGUACAAGUCCGCAAGAUCAUAAUCGUAACACGUUUGGUACCAGCCCUGGCAGUAACCUGAGGCCUCCAUCCAGUGCAGGCAAUAUCGCAGCGAACCAGGCAUCUGUCCGCCAUGUUGAUACACCAGAGAGUGAUGCUGCGCCUGGACAAGAUGAUCAACUACCCGCAGGCGCUGUGAAAAGUGCAUCGAGAUGGCUCUGGAAAUUGGACGAAGUGCGGCCGCUUGAACUAGAGAGCGUUUCACCGACGGUUACCUUUGAAGACCUCCUCGAAUGGAGCCAGUCUUACUUCGACCAUUGGCAUCCCGCUUUUCCGUUCCUCCAUGCGCCCUCACUCCUGGAUUAUUUUCGUCAGAUAGCGCAGAAAGGCGUUCGUAUCGCAGCCCAGUCCACAACAAACGAACUCCAGCACAUCAUACUGCGCUCGAUCAUGUCAAUAUCCAUCCAUGAUCGGCGACAAAUGAGCCCAAUAAACAAACUCAUGCCUACAGCUCUUGUCUUCCAUUCAGUCAACGAUGCCAUCCGGAGUGUUCAGUUGGUGCUGACUGAGGAGAGCUCAAUUCUCUCGUUGCAAGCCCUUGUCAGCGUUCAACUGUUCUUGAUCACGAUGCACAGGUACAACGCUGCAUCCCGUCUUGAAGGCUUGGCUAUCCGUAUGGCCUUCCAGCUAGGUCUACAUCGGUGUCCACUGCAACUAUCAAUACCAAGCAAAGAGGCAGAGCUAAGGAAACGGCUCUUCUGGUCCGUAACUUGCAUCGAUAGACAUAUAUGCAUACGGCUUGGCACACCAUUAGGCAUACGGUCGGACGAGGCCAAUGUGUGCUAUCCGCACACAGAACGACAUCGCGAACAGGAUCCUCAGGCAGAGAGUCGCGAGCGUGAUGACCGACUAGACUUAUUGGACUUUCUAGCUCGACACGCCGAUAUCCGCGGGUCUAUCAUGCAAAUGCGACAUCAGUCUAUGCUACAUGGUAGCGCCGAUGAUGUUGACCAAGCACUUGAAGUGGAAGCCGAACACACUAAGUGGUGGAAUACAGUUGAUGAACACCUAUCUAAUGACGAGCAAACACAGACGAUAUCCAAAACACAUCAGGUCAUUCUCAUCGUCCUUCGCUUCGAGUCAGUUCUUGCUCUGCACCGCUCCGUGUUAGCGACAUCGAAGAAGAAUGCAGCAUACAAUGCGGCGCUACAACGAUGCAUAUCAGCCUCACGCUCCAUUAUCAAUACACUACACAAAGCUCUCCGGGGAUUUGGGGCGUUCGAUGGCUCACCUGGUCAACAUGGAUAUGAGAGAACUCCUCUUCUUUGGCCGUCGUUUACUUGGGCAGUCUGGAUGAGCACAUUCAUCAUUCUAUCCACGGCUGCAGAGGGACAAGUUGCGCGCGACAUCGCACUGAGGCUCUCAGAUCGAAGUGUACAUAUCCUCAAACACCUAUCUUCAAGAGGUACGAAUUGGCCAGACGCAUGCAUUGUCGCCAUCCAGAAUCUUGCUGCACGACUGGAUAAGCAAUCCAAUCAGGGCCCCAUGAACACGUCUGGAGAUGGCUCGUGGACAGUAACUCAUCCAACUCGUAACUCUUCCCUAGGCAUAGAUAACGGGCAAGCUCAGCGACAGAGUUUCGAAGCUCAUUCGACGAACCAUACGCCACUACGACACAAUCCAGCGAUAGGCACAAACACGCCAGCUGGACAGCCGCACAGAUUCUCCAAUCAGUCUCAUGUAGCACCCUUCUCUACGAGCUUCACAAACCAAGCGAACGAGCCGAGUUUACCAAACGUGAACCUAAAUCAUAACAAUGUACAAGCCGCUAAUAGCCUUACAACUGACUAUCUUGCCGGCGCAGGCAACUUCCUUGGUAUCGCCCAGCAGUAUUCGGAUAAUCCGUUACCCAACGAAGAGAUCAUGCACCUGUUCAAUGGCGAAGACAUCAACUACUGGUUUGGAAACGACUCAGGCAUGGCUGGCAAUUCUCUCUAUCACGAAGAGAACUUUCAUUGA